AUGCCGUCGUCGUUUUUACGUCGGCAUGUUCGUGGUCUGCUCCGGGGUAAAUUCAGCCCAUCACCAAGUUUAGACGACGCGCCCGAAGUUGAGUAUGACCCCCCGACUCCGUCGAACGAACAGCAGUCUUUCUUAUCCCAGUGCCAUUUGGCGGGUAUAGAUGGUCGUCGAUUAGACUUCCCUGAGGUAUAUUUCGGUAAAACAGGUCUCGAUAUUCCGUGCAUACAACUUGAAACCUUUGACACGGAUAUUUUCGCGAGUUACACCGGCCCAGAUGGUGGAUUGACACAGGUAUGUGACCCAGCGCUAAGACUUGCCGGCGAGUUUGUUGGCGAGAGUGCAAAAAUCACUGCGAAAGGUCAUUCAGUGAUGGUUUUUCACGCCUGA